UUGUCCCUUCGGGGACAUCCGAUAAAAUUGGAACGAUACAGAGAAGAUUAGCAUGGCCCCUGCGCAAGGAUGACACGCACAAAUCGAGAAAUGGUCCAAAUUUUUUUUGUUUUUUUUCCUUCUGCUUGAUUGCUUCAAUGGCUCCCUUUCUCAUCUGGGUUCCUUAGAAGCUAAGUGUGCUUUGUGCAGUGUAUGUGGAAAAAUCACUUAUUGUGUUAGCAGCGCCGUUGAUUUCACAGGGUGAACUUAUCGUAGAAAACCUUUUUUGAAACAAGGAAACAACUCACUGUGUUUGCAGCCUUUUAGUACCUUGAUUAAGUUGCAAAUUAGUGGGUGUAUUCUUGCAAAUCAUAGCUGUAUUUUUCACACUAUGCUUUUCUAAUCUGUUUCUUCAUUCGACUGUUUCUAAUCUCAUAUUUUGCUGACGCAUACAUAUUGUCAUAUUAUUCUAUGUUCAGUGGCGGCGAGGAUGCUCACUGUCUUUGAAGGCCCCACAACAUGUAGAGAGAAGAUAUUAAAAUGUAUCAGAUUGGAAUUCUUGACAUUUUUCUACUUUUCUUCAUUCUAAGUUAAUAAGAGUUUGGUUUGCAAAUGUACAAGAAUUAUGGUUAAGAAGCAGUUUAUUCUGUUGAGCUAGACAGAUUUAGAAGGUUUGGUAUUAAUUGAUGAUGAUUAGUACAGGUUUCUAAACCCAGGCUUCUAUGAUCUUUCCAAACUUGUCUUGCUGGUUGUUUUGUUUACAAGGUGGCAAUCAUCCCUCAUCCUAGCAGGUGUCAGGUUGGUGGCUUUGCCCAGGAUGGUCUUGCAGGGGAGCGAGAUGAAGACAGCAACAAGCAUUAACCCGUAUUCUACCAGUCUUUUCGCAAUGUGGUAGGAACGGAUACCUUUCAAUUGCAUCUACCUCUGCCUCCCUCGUGUUCAAAACUUUCCUCUUAAGUGAGACAUAGCUUGACUACUUUCAAACUGCAGAUUUGUUCUCUUGUGGAUCAAUUCCAGGUGGAAAGAAAGACCAAGUCAAUUGUUUUUGUUUCUAUAUAUUGCAUGCUAAGAAUUGCAAGUCACAUACUGUAAUGGUCGAUGGUGUUUUGCUUCAUUAUUGUCAAUGAUUAGAAGCUUAGGAUGUGCUCGGCUAAAGAUACUCUAAAGGGGGAGAGGAUUCUGUGUACCAAUUUGCAUGUUCUUGAAUUUCAGCGAUCGUGGAUGAUAAUGGGGUGUCUCUACAGCAAUACAAGAUGCGGAUUUUGAAAGUUCCAUAGAGCACUCAGACUUGGGAUGAUGUGAGAAUCGGCUCUGACUAUUUUCUUAAUUUCAUGUAAGUGAUUCGUCCCAUAGCUUAGUAGUCAAUUAAACCAGGCCAUCUCGAACCACACAGAAGGCAGGCAAGCAUCUGUGUCAUGUAUGGUUUGCAUAUCAUACAUAUAUCCCUCGUGAGGUGCUUUAAUUAGCUCAAAUCGGUGAGAUACUUCCCACGGCUAGAAUACAAGGGAACACUACACAUGAGCAACCACUAGGCCUAACCCCAGCUAGCGGUGGACCUCACGUGAAGGUCAUCACACACACCCGGAUAUAGCCAAGCUACACGCUCAGCAACCUAGCAUGAUAGAUAUCAUCAGUAACAUCCAUUCUCACACUCAUACUAAUCAGUUAUGGAAGCAUUGUGGAAUUUGGAGGACGAAUGGAAGCUGACAACCCAAGAAGCAGUUCUCUUAUUUGUUUGCACAGCCCUUGCAGUCAUUGCGCUUUGCGCUGCAAUCAUGCUAAAGAGGAAGGCCCAAACAAAGCAAAGAGCAGUGAACCAAGACCCAAGCACAGAUUUUUCAAUACGGAGGUCUGAGCCCGAGCCUGGCUCUAACAAUUGGAUCACAAUAAGGAGAGUGUUGAUGGAGUCAAUGAGGUGGAGUGGAGCAAGCAAAUGGGAUGAGAGAAGAAGUGGGAGUGGCAGUGGGAUGCUGCUGCCACCACCGGUUCUUGGGUCAGAAAGGUGUGAGUCAAGCAUGGGGUGGCAAAGCCCUGAGUCUUUGUCAGCAGUGUGGCAAAGGCCUAUACUGAUGGGAGAGAAAUGUGAGCUUCCAAGGUAUAGUGGUGUUAUUCUCUAUGAUGAAAGAGGGCGGCUGCUUGAUCAUUCUCUCACAUCUUCUCGUAAAGAAAAUAUUCACGAGGAAAAACCAGCAGCUGUUCUGAGAACUACCCUGAAGGAUUUGCUAUUGCCGUAGUAUUUAGGUGAUGUUGAUGCUUGUAACCAUGACAAGAGAGUGAUACCAUGUGGGGGAUUUCCAAUUGAAGAAUUGUUUUCCAGUUUUAUUCUGCAAUAAGAACCCUCAUACAAUGCUGUGCAGUUACAUUAUAUGCUGCUCAC